CCAUAUUAUCAAAUGUAUCCGGACACAUGGAUGACUAUGGAUGAGAAGUAUGUAGAGAGCAUAUGGAGCUUGCUCAAGAAUGCAAUUCAGGAAAUACAGAAGAAAAACAACUCUGGUCUUUCAUUUGAAGAACUGUAUCGCAAUGCAUACACUAUGGUCCUUCACAAACAUGGUGAAAGACUUUACACUGGAUUGAAGGAAGUUGUUACACAUCAUCUUGAAACAAAGGUCAGAGAAGAUGUCCUGCAUUCACUACACAAUGGAUUCCUGCAAACUCUGAACAAUGCUUGGACUGACCAUCAGACCAGCAUGGUUAUGAUCCGUGACAUACUUAUGUAUAUGGACAGGGUAUAUGUACAACAGAAUGAAGUUGAUAAUGUUUACAAUCUUGGACUAAUUAUAUUUAGAGAUCAGGUGGUUCGCUACGGUUGCAUCCGCGACCACUUGCGACAGACACUGCUGGAACUCGUUGCGCGCGAGCGACGUGGCGAGGUGGUUGACCGGUUGGCCAUCCGCAACGCCUGCCAAAUGCUCAUGGUUCUUGGCAUUAACUCUCGCGUCGUCUACGAGGAAGACUUUGAAAAACCAUUCCUGCAUCAGUCCGCUGAGUUCUAUAGAAUGGAAUCUCAGAAGUUCUUAGCAGAGAACAGCGCAGCGGUAUACAUUGCGCGUGUGGAGGCCCGCAUCAGUGAGGAGGCUGAGCGUGCGCGGCAUUAUCUUGACGAGACCACUGAACCUCGCGUUGUCGCCGUGCUCGAGCACGAACUCAUUGAACGCCACAUGAAGACCAUCGUUGAGAUGGAGAACAGUGGCGUGGUGCACAUGCUGUUGCACACGCGCACUUCGGAGCUGGCGUGCGUGUACAAGCUACUGUCGCGCGUGCCUGACGGACUGCGCACCGUCGCCGACGCAGUCUCUGCACAUCUGCGCGAGCAGGGUCGCGCACUUGUCACUGACACGCACCAUAACACCAACGCGAUUGCGUUCGUGCAGAAUCUAUUGGAUUUAAAAGACAGAUUUGAUCACUUCCUGCACAACUCAUUCAACAACGAUAAGAUCUUCAAGCAUAUGAUCGCCUCUGAUUUUGAGUACUUCCUGAAUCUCAACAAUAAGUCGCCUGAAUUCCUCUCACUCUUCAUUGAUGGAAAACUCAAGAAAGGCGAAAAGGGUAUGAGUGAGCAAGAAAUAGAAGCCGUGUUAGACAAGACGAUGGUACUGUUCCGUUUCUUGCAAGAGAAAGAUGUUUUCGAGCGUUACUACAAACAGCACCUCGCCAAGCGGCUGCUGCUCAACAAAUCCGUCUCCGACGAUAGCGAGAAGAACAUGAUCUCCAAACUGAAGACUGAGUGCGGUUGUCAGUUCACAUCGAAGCUGGAAGGCAUGUUCAAGGACAUGACUGUCUCCAACACCAUUAUGGAGGAGUUUAAGGAGCAUGUGCUGUCAUCCGGGACCAAUCUUCAUGGUGUAGAUCUUUCGGUUCGCGUGCUCACAACGGGAUUCUGGCCAACUCAAAGCGCUACGCCCAAAUGCAAUAUCCCAACUGCACCGCGGAACGCGUUUGAAGUUUUCAGGAGCUUCUACCUGGCGAAACACUCCGGGCGGCAGCUGUCGCUGCAGCCGCAGCUGGGCAGCGCCGACCUGCACGCGACGUUCCGCGCGUCAAGUGGUGGCGCCUCCCCCCCGCGCAGCCCGCCUGCGCCCGCCGCGCCGCGCAGACACAUCAUCCAGGUGUCCACCUUCCAGAUGUGUGUACUGCUACUCUUCAAUAAGCGCGAGCGGCUCACUUACGAGGAAAUACUGAACGAGACUGACAUCCCCGAGAAAGAUCUCGUGCGCGCCCUGCAGUCACUAGCGAUGGGCAAACCCACACAACGCGUACUCAUUAAGCACCCCAAGACGAAGGAGAUCGAGUCCUCGCAUCAGUUUUACGUGAACGAUGCCUUCACAUCUAAGCUGCACAGAGUAAAAAUCCAAACAGUGGCAGCUAAGGGUGAGUCUGAGCCGGAGCGGCGCGAAACCCGCAACAAAGUAGACGAGGACCGCAAGCACGAGAUCGAGGCUGCCAUCGUGCGCAUUAUGAAAGCUAGGAAGAAAAUGGCGCACCCGCUGUUAGUAGCGGAAGUGACCGAACAGCUGCGCGUACGCUUCCUGCCGUCACCCGUGGUGAUCAAGAAACGCAUAGAAGGUCUCAUCGAGCGAGAGUACCUCGCGCGCUCGCCUGACGACCGCAAAGUCUACACUUACGUCGCAUAGGUUCGUAGCGAGCGCUCCGCCACGAUACUCCAGACUCUGUAAACCUGCUUUAGUUAUCUACUUAAUGUUUUGUUGUGAACAUAGGAAACGCAAUCGCGCGCUGAUUCACAUAUCCCUAUCGCCCUCAGUGAUCAUGAUAAAUAUAAUAUCACUUGCACAUUUACCUAUCAGAUUGUUUGUAUUCCGUUUGAGCGAUGACAUUUGCGCAUGAGUAUUGAAAAUAUAAAUUCGUUUGCAGUGUUAGAAAUAGUACAGCGCGGAUUAGUUUUCUAUCAUUAAAUAAAAGCAACUAGGAUUAUUUAAUUAAAUGGUCAUAUACAAAUAUUGAUCUACUAAUUUUAAUGUAAAAAAUAAUGUAAAUAGGAGUAUAGAGUUAGUUUGAUGAUUCAUUCAGAGUGUAUUAUGAUAGUGUUCCUCAUUUCCUGAAUACAGAUAUAUUAAAAACCU